AUGUGCCACGUACGCACCAUUGCUUCUCUUCUCCACCUUCCAAACCUGUCUCUCUCCCCUUCCUACUUCCGCCUCUCCCUCUCCCUCUCACUUCCAUCACCCCCCUCAGUCUCUACCGUCUCUCCACCACCUAUAAGCCUACAUCUCAGCUUUGUUCAAAACCUCACUGCCUCUACCCUUCUGCUCUCCCCCGUCCCAGCUCACCACGCAUUCUCCUCUCCUUUCUCUGCUGUGCAGCCUUCUAAUCAACCUGCUACCUACGGUUCUGUUGCUCCUCCAAGUGGCGAGCAGCGCACUCAUGCUAGUGACGUGGCAUAUGACUCGUUCCAGCCUGCUGACGUGGCGUGUGACGUGUCCCUGUCACGUGUGCUGCACGAGGGCAGCGAGAGGAAUGAGAAGGAGGAUGUAGAGGGAGUAAGGGAGAUGGAAGGAAGAGGAGGUAUAGGGGAGGCAGGCAAGAGAGAGAGUGUGAAAAGAAAGUUUGUAUCAGGAGAGAAAGAGGAGAGGCAGGAGAAGGAGAGGAAGGUCGAAGGGGACGGGAGGGUUGAUAAAGGGAGUAUUGAGCCUCUUCGUCCACCUCCUCCCCUUGCUCCUCAUACCGCUGCCGCGCACCCGCCUCCCUGCCCUCGCCCUCGCCCAGUAAUCGUAUGGGACCUUGAUGAAACCCUAAUUAUCUUCCAAUCGCUGCUCUCCGGAAAGUUCGCCAAGACUCUUUUGGCAGACAGGGAGUCAGCGGGGGCAAGUGGGGCAGGGGGGAACUGUGGCAGAGUGGUGGAGGCGGGGGGAAGCGACAGCAAAAGGGUGGAGCAGCGGGCACGGGAGUUGGGCGAGGCGUGGGAGAGGUUGAUUCUUGACGUGUGUGACGACCACUUUUUCUUCAAAGAGCUUGAGGACGUGGACCUCCCAAACUUGUGCCACGUGGAAGCUGGUAGCAAGCCUGCUGACGUGGCAUCGCCGAACCACGGCGAUGGUUCCAUAGCACGCCCUAAACAACCAGCAGUUUCUGCCUGUUCUGACGUGGAUGCUGAUGCGCAGGGCAUUUCGUCCCUCCUCACACCAGCCCAAGAGGCGCACAGGCAGCAGCUAUACGCACAGACAGACAGAUUCACCCACGGGUGGUUGGCAGCAGGUAGGCGGGUGAGUGCAGGGAGGAGGGCAGGUCGGGCCAUGCUGGCUGAAGCAGGGGUUGCCACCUCAACAGCAGCAGCAGAAGCCGAAGAAAGGAGAGCAGCCGAGACUGGAUCAGCAAAGGCUGCAGCGGCAGAGGGUGGUACGGGGGCAGUCAAUGUGAUCGUUUCUUCUGGGCAGCUCAUUCCAACCCUUGCCAAAUGCCUGUUGUUCAGCCUCGAUCCCUUCAUCUGCCCGACCAACAUCCACAGCUCUCGCAGGGAAGGCAAGCUCGUGUGCUUCAAACGCAUCCGAGACCGCUUCAGCGAUCGUCACAGCAACAGGCACUCCGGCGCGGUUACCAGCACCGUUACCAGCACCUGGGAAGGGAUUGCUGCAGAUGCUGUGUGCUGUAAAACAUCCCAAACGGUGCGAAGCGGUGAGCAUCGGUUCGUGGCGGUGGGGGAUGGGUGUGAGGAGGCAGCAGCGGCACGAAUCAUGGGGUGGCCUUAUGUGAGAGUGGAUGCAGCAUGGGAGGACAUGCGCCUGACAAGCAUGUCUUUGGCACAGAUACUGCAGGCACGCGCGGGAUGA